AUGGUCGCUAGCAUUCGAACGACUCGCGCCGAGGAUACAGCGGGUUACCGCUCUCCUUGGCCGAAUUCUACCGAACAUCGGGGGGCCCAAAAUCAGAGUCCGCCACCUCUAUGCAGGUGUGGUCAACUCGAACGUAGUUCGUACGGAUCCCCGAUCUGGUCUAAGAGUCUAAAGAAGAAAGGAAGAGAAAUACUGCGCCGGAUACAGCGCGUCAUAGCCAUUAGAGCUGUGCGCGGCCGUGGCUCUUGCUGGGAUAAUUCCCCUCGACCUUCAGGCCGCGGCAGAAGCCAAAGUCUACCGCCGGGUGUGGAUACUGAGACAACGCGGCAAUCCGACGCUGAAAGAAGAAAUCGGCAAACUACGGAAGACAGCACGGGAACAAGCUCUGCGGAAAUAGAAAGCAAAGCUGGAGGAAUCGGGAGCCGGAAGCAAACGGGCAACCGGGGAAAUCCUUGCCAACUGGGACCAGUGGCAGGACUGCACACGACGCCCCAGGCUAACGUAUCGCUGCUCACCGAGCAUGGAUGCUUCGGUGAGUUCCUAUAUCGAAUCGGAGCGGAGCACUCAACUGAGUACUUCGAAUGCGGAGCCGAGGUGGAUUCGGCUCAGCACACCACCAUAGAGGAUUGCCCUGCGUUCAUCGAACGAAAGACCGUGCUCAGGAGAGCUAUAGGAGAAGACCUCGCUCUGGAGGCACUAGUGCGAGCCUUUAUCGCGGGAGAGGCACAGCGGAAAGCGGCCAUCACUUUCCGUGAAGAGGUGAUGACCUACAAGGAAGACAAGGAAAGGAACCGGAAAUGA